AUGCUCAAAUAUGAACCAUUCAUGAAUAAAUUAUUGACUUGUGAUACACGUGAAUGGUAUGUUAUACCACGCCGAUUAGAUUCAUUGUUAUACAAACUUAUUGUUGGUUUUGGUAUUGAAAUUAUCAAUCGUAAUGGGCAAAAAAUGUUGAAAAAUGUUUCUCAACAACAUGUACGUUAUGGUGCAGUGACAAACAGUGAUCAAUUAAUUGUUAUAACACAAAAUUCAAAAAAUUCUGAACAUAGUACACAAAUGAUAUUAUUUGAUUCCAAAUUAAAUCGUUUAAAUGAAAUUGAUUUAAGUACAAAUUUAACGUAUGUUCGUGGUCUUUGGGUAGAAGGAAAUGAUAUUAUAUUGUUAUACCAGAAGAGUUCAGAUUUUGGUAUUCUGGUUUAUGAUUUACAAAAAUUAAACGUUCGUUUUUCAUUUCCAUUAGUGGCCGAUGUAUCCAGUGAUGACGUUAUCGUAUUUUCGUAUAAUCCAGCGUUCAUAUGUGUUUACUCAAAUCGUGAUAAAAAAGUCUACGUAUUCUCGAGACAUGGACAUGCAAUAGCACUGUAUCGGAAGAAAGUUAUCGAGAUAACUAUUCGAAAAAUUGUUAUUGACCAAUAUGAACGAAUUUAUGCUUUGGAUAUGAUACAUCAAGUACACGUUUAUACAAAAGGUAUUAAGUUAUAUUCUAUUCAGCUAUCAGGAAAUAUACGAACGGGUGAAAAUGUAGCAUACAUCUAUUCGAUUGCGAUAACUAAUGAUCAUCGAUUGAUUUAUACAGCAAAACUGACGAAUACAAGUACCUGUUUAUUGUGGGCUCCCAAUGUAGCAUACAUGUCGACAAUAUUUCCAUACGAUUCUUUAACAUGA